AUGUCGAACCUUUCUUCCGAAUUUCGUGAAUACGAGGCGGAUGAUCUCGAAGCUCUCAUGGGUGAAGGAUCCGGACCCCAGAUUCAAUCCGGAGAUGGGUUUGAUCUUCAUCCCCAGAGUGAAUCAACUAUCGAUUCUCUCAAUGAUCUUCGUAGAUUAUGUCUCAUCCCCCCUGAGGUUGAGAUGGCAGUCCCGGAGCCCUUUGAGUCUCCAGAAUCGGGGCGAGAAGGUCCUCAGAUUCGACCAGUUCCAUCCGUCGAUUUUCUCAAUUUUUACAAGGCCGUCUUGGAGAGGCCAGUUAAUUGGAAUUCUUUUACUUUGGAAAGAAUUCACGGCGCCGGGUUUUCUGUCAGAAUGACACUUACUCGCCCUGUCGACCCUCCUCCUGUUGGGAUUGAUCUCUCGAGUCUGAAUGCCCGAGAUAGGAGAAAGAUCAAAGAAGCAAACAAGAGGAUCAAAGAUCAGAUUUCUCUAGUUGGGAGAGACAAGAAAAAUGCAACUUCCACGGGAGAUGACAAGGUCUAUCGGAAAACUCUUCUGGUUGACGAUGGAUCUCUUGAAGGUUCAAAGUCAAUGGCGGUUGCUGUAAAUAAUGCUUCUCCCUCCAUCCCAGCAGCAGACAACGUGGUUGCUGCCACCGUUGAGGAGGAAGGCCUUGCAAGUAAAACUUCUCUUAUGAAGAAGAAGAAGGCCGAGGAACUUGGACCCCAGCCCCAGGGACGUCCCAAGAACACAAGGAAGGGCAGAGCCGCUCCUUCGAAUCUGCCAAUUCUUGAACCUGCUGAAGCUCAGGAUGCAAAUCCUGAUUCAGGAACUGUUUUGAAGGAACCGCUGGGUUCAGGGAUGCUAUCCCCCAGACGCCCCCGAGGCAAUACUUCUAGGGUUCGAUCGUCCCCGAGCUCGGGACUUGUUGCCAGAGCUUCAUCCCAGUUAGACAAAGAGAAGAUUGAGAAUAUGUUUAGAUGCUUUCACACCCGCUUUGGGAAGAAACUUCUGUCCUUUGAUUGGUGGAAGCCUGACAUCAAGAAGAUGUAUAUCAGCCAUUCAUUUCACUCCUCUCAGGCAACUUUGGAUGUGAAUGGCAUUAUCAACUUUUACGAAGAGGAGCUCGCCAAAGUUUCCAAGAAAGUUGCUGCCGCUGAAGGAGAGAUUAAGAACCUGCAAUCUUCCAGUCGGCUUGUGCAGGAGUCUGCGGGCCUCGACUCGGCUCACCAGGAAGAGAUCGAGAGACUCAAAAGAUCCGGCGAGGAAACAAGGAAAACUUUGAUUGAGACAGAGCAAAAGCUAGAGACUGCCCUUGCUGAUCAUAACUUCGCAAAAGGCGAGAUUGAGCUUCUGAGAUCAGAGCUUAACAAGGUUAAAGCAGCUGUUGAGGAGCUCGAACGGAAAAAUGAGUCUCUUUCCGAACUGAAAGAUCGUGAUGUUCGCAAAAUAUCUCAUGAUGCUCGGAAAGAGGUUAAGGGAGCUGGGCAAAAGUUUCUUCUUGCUGUGCAGGAAUUUAUCGCUGCAGACAAAGCUUAG